GCUCUGACUUCUUAUGUCAAGUUUACCUUUUUGAGAGUUUCACCUAGCUCGUUCACUUUGCUGUCCAGUCUCGAGCCGAUUAGUUGAACAGGAGAAAAAUUCGAAGGAAAUAAAAAAAAGAAAGCAGAAAUGGACUUGAACAAGCUGAAGAAGAUGGAGACGGAUGUGCGUAUUGGGGGCAAGGGAUCGGUGCGCCGCAAGCACAAGUUCGUCCGUACAUCGCCGGCCAUCGAGGAGAAGCGCCUGCAGACCGCCCUCUCCAAGCUGCACCUCAGCCAGGUGCCGGCCGUCAACGAGGUCACCAUGGUGAUGGCCGACUCCAGCGAGAUCCAGGUGCUGAUGCCCAAGGUCCAGGUCUCGACGAUGAACAACAUGUUUGUGAUUAACGGCGAGACGCGCCGUCAUCCGCCGGUUCACCAGCCGGAGCGCCCCAAGGAGAGCUUCCCGUCCGGUUCGGCGGGCAUGCCGAUGGAGCCGCCGCAGAAGGCCAAGAAGCCGAAGAAGCCGCGCAGUCGCCUUCGCUAUCGCAACAAGCUGGCCAAGGAAAUGCUCGAGCAGGCAAAGCAGUCUGGCGACAUUGAGGCCAAGGCUGGCCAGGGCGAGUCCCAGCAGGACGACCACGACCGCAAGGACGGCCAGGACGGCCAGGAUGGCCAAGAUGGCCAGGACGGCCAAGAUGGCCAGGAUGGCCAGGAUGGACAGGAUGGACAGGAUGGACAGGAUGGCGGCGGUGAUGGACCCAUUCGGAGCGCCAGCCCGAAGGCGAACCAAGUGGGCUCGGACCCCGACAACGAUUCGCUGGUCGGGGACGGUGACGGGGACGGAGACGUCUCCUCGGAGACAGAGAUGGGGCAGCCGGAGGAUGACGUCGAAACCGAUGAUUUUGAGCUCGACGACCAGUACUACGACCUCGAUGAAGUGGACUAGUUCGCCCCAAUUGCCUGCGGUCCCGCAGUUAAAAAAAAAGGCCUUGCCGCUAAUUAAAAGCAUUUACAAUA